UAGAGCAUCUGAUCUCAUUCCAGAAAAGAUCAUGCUUCCGCUAAUCAAGUUGCUGAUGCUGAUGCUUCUGUUGCAAGUUACGGUAGAGGGGAGCAAAAUGUCUAAAUAUAUCGGGAGAUGCCUCGGGCAUCCGCUGGAUCAUCCAAAUGCUCACAGUGUCUGCUUUUCGGAAUGCAGAACUCAGAAGUGCAAGAAAGGCGCCUGCAGUGGACCUAAAACAGGCUUUCCUGACUGGCGUUGUAUAUGUUACAACUGUCCAUAGUUAUAGAACAAGCCAGGACGAAUUUUGGAAAGGUCAUCCUUGUUGAAAACG